GAACGUAGCCAGCGUACACUCUUCUGUGUCAGCCACGCCACAAGGCAGUGAAUGGGACAGUCAUAAGCCUCCCCGUUUUCAUCCAAAAUAUCUUAAAUUGUGUUCCGAAGACGAAUGAAGCUUUUACGCAUUUGGAACGAAAUGAGGGUAAGUGAUUAAUGACAAAAUUUUCAUUUUGGGGUGGAGUAUCCCUUUAACAUACACAAAUUACAUUCACAUACACACUUUACAUUCACAUAAGUUUGUGGUUCUUUAGCAUGUAUCAGCAUCUACAGAUAAUCAUUAUGCCUUUUUUAUGUGCUCUCUUUUCAUUUUGUAAGGUAUUACCAUUUUCAUUAACUUUUCUGCUUACAUCACUUCUUUCGCAAAAGAUCUCAUGAUUCUAAACUAAACAGAGAUGUCUUUCAAAAUCAUGCUAACAUUGAGACCGCAUUUUUUCCAUGCCCUGAUAUCACUGUGAAUGUUUUAUUUUAUGUUUCUAUGAAUAUUUUAUUCAGCAUAACAUCUGGUUAGCCUGGAAACCUUUGAUCCCUUUCCGGUCAUUGAGAUGUUUAUUAAUUUUGAAAGAACUUUUAGUCCAGAGUGAACGUGAAAAGUGUCUGUGCGAGCCUACAGUCCUCAUUAGCAAACUGGGCACAUUGUGGUUGCCUCAAAGGAAUGUUUUAAACAGCUUUGCGCUAUUUGCAUGGUUGAUACUAUAUCUCAGUGUGGGAAGAAAGAAGCAAAGCUUGAAACCUAAGAUGACUCCUCCCCUUUAUAUCCAAAUUUGAUUUCCUCGGGCUAGUAUGCUGACUGUUUAAAUCCUUGCAGCUUUCUGACUUGUACAGCUGUCAAAAAUGGCUGUACGUUUGUUUGAAGAUAAAGAACAUGCAAACUUAUACUGGAAGUACCGAAUUUCUCCUUCUGAAGAGCUCAUCGAAAAGGUUCUACAAUUCCACAGGAGUAAUAAAAAUUCAGCCAAUGACCUGGCAGUAGAUGUUGGCUGUGGGUCAGGGCAGGGAACGUUGCUCCUAGCACCACAUUUUACUCGUGUGGUCGGGACAGACAUCAGUCCUGCUCAACUGGAGAUGGGGAGGAAACAUGUUAACGUUUCAAACAUCUCUUACAGGGAGAGUCCGGCUGAAGAGCUGCCUUUUGAAGAUGGCUCUGUAGAUCUUGUGACAACCAUGUCUGCAUUCCAUUGGUUUGACAGUUCACGUUUUCUUCAGGAGGCUCACAGAGUGCUUAAGCCUCAUGGCUGCCUUGCAAUUCUCAACUACACCAUGAACAUGGAGCUGAGCUAUGGAGACUGCUCAGAGACUUUAAACCACAUCUGUAAAGAGUUUUAUGCAGCCCUGCAGCCUUUCCGGAGCCCUUGCCUAGGUUCGAGCCCCUUUGAACUUUACAAGAAAACAUACAACUCUCUCCAGUAUCCAGUCAAAGAAUGGCAGGACAUUUUUUGGGUGAGGAAGCCUGUCCCCGUCUCUGGCUACAUCGGCAUGGUGGAGUCUUUCUCCACUUUCCAGACAUUCUUAAAGAAAUAUCCAGAAGAGGCCAGACGACUCUCACAGGACACUGAACAAAGACUGUUGCGUGCAAUGGGUGUGACAUCCUCGGAGACAGAAGUUAUCAUGGAAGUUAAAUACUUCUAUUUUCUAGCCUGCAAGCCUGCAAAUGACUGAACUAAAUAUUGUACUAUCCUAACUGACCAUACAUCAGUGGAAAGCUUAUGAUGUAUGAAUCUCAAUUUCAAAAAAUUGACCCUUAUGACUGGUUUUGUGGUCCAUGGUCACAUAUUCGAGAAUGAUCAGCUGAGUUACUAAUUUCCAUAGCCACCAAGUUUCAUAACCAUCAAAUAAAAAGUUUCCAUACA